AUGAUGCGGAGCAAACCAGCCUCAUCAAUGCAAAAAACCUAUGAUGAGUGCUAUCUUCAAUGCUCCACUGCCGUUUUCUUUGAAGGCCAGGGUAACGAGGCGGAGGCGCUGCGUUCCUGGAAAUCUGCGCUAGACCAGAUCAACUACUACAAAGCCUACAAACUCCCGUUCAAUUAUACACCCAAGUCAGAAAUUGAAAAAGCGCUGUACGAGUCACUGCGAGAACUCGAGAGACAAUGUAAAGAGCGUGUCGACCUCCUGGAAGCGCUUAAGCGGAGCCGACAGGAUCUUGGGCAGGAUUCACCCAGCGAGGAGAAGUCAGACCAUGGUGGCAGGAAGCGCCUAGAAAAAAAUAGAGGUGCUCCAGAGACAAUGACUGAUAAACAAGGCUCAUGGCUCGGAGACGAGACCAUACCUCCAAUGCAAAUGUCAGAACUUCCCAGCGCUACGCCAACAAUACCUACGCGGCCGCCAUUAGCGAGCAGCCGGAGCAGUGAGACUACAGGGAAGAAGACGAGUUCUAAACCACGCUCCUCCCCCUUUGCCGCACCUCCGACGCUGGCUGUCCCCCCCAGCAAAGUAUCACGCAGCCCAAGUCCAGACCAUGGCAGCAGGAAGACCAUGCGGACGACACUGCGCAGCGAGAAGAAGGGGUUUAGGCAGUACCGCUCUGCUCCGAACCGCGACAGAAUGCCAGAGACGAUGAAAGCAGCAGGCCUGGCGUGGGAAGCGCAGCCCCGGAGAGACUCCCAGAUAAGCACUCGGCCGGAUUCAGACCCGACAAUAGAAGCCAGACUGAGUGCCACUGCGGCCCGACGGAGUAUUGACCAAGAGGCCACCGUAAGAUACGACGAGCACAGAAGAUCGAACCCUCCCACACUGGGGGUUCCCGAAGUCCUUCCCCAGCAAGUCUGGCGCGAUAUUUCACACCCUACCUACGGCCAGCCGUCACUGCAAAAGUCUAUGGACAGUUUGAGAUUGAGCUCCGAGUCCGUUCCAAAUUUGAUAGACUUGGAUCCGGAUUCAGACAGACCGCCACCGCCACCCCUUCAUUCCCCAUCACCCGGAUAUGUUGCCGCCAAAUCGAGAACGAUUUCUUCUCCGGGCUUUCCCAAGGCACCCGACAUUCUAUAUCGAAAAGAGUAUCCGGCACGGACAUCAAAAGUGUCACAACCCCUCACCAACAAUUUCCUGGAGAGAUCGUAUGCACGCACCACUUCCAGUACCAGUGUGCCAGGUGUCGCCCGCAAGCCCGUUGCCAAUCCAAGGCCGAGUCGGGAAGUGAGGGGUCGAUCCCCUCUCAGGAGGGAUGGAAAUACUGACAGCGAGGAUGAAGCCCUGAAGAGAGAUUUCGACAAAAAUCGACGACCUCGAGCCGGGCGGGCACAAAGUGCUAACACGAUCACUCCACCAUCUACUGAUGUCGAGUCCUUGGAAGGCGAUGGCUCAACGUCGGCAGAGGAAAAGCGGAUUGCGAGAAUUCUGGAACAGCUACCGAAGGGGUUGGACGAGAAUGCAGCCAAACAGAUACUGAAUGAAAUUGUGGUCAAGGGAGACGAGGUCCAUUGGGACGACGUCGCAGGUUUAGACGCCGCAAAGAAGGCUCUAAAAGAGGCGGUGGUGUAUCCUUUUCUGAGGCCAGAUCUCUUUAUGGGGCUGCGAGAACCCGCUCGUGGGAUGCUUCUAUUCGGACCGCCCGGGACGGGUAAAACCAUGCUUGCGCGGGCGGUGGCGACUGAGAGUAGAAGCACUUUUUUCGCCAUCAGUGCAGGGAGCCUGACGAGCAAAUGGCAUGGCGAGUCGGAGAAGCUGGUGCGGGCGUUAUUUGCGAUGGCGAAAGCCUUGGCCCCAAGUAUCAUCUUUGUGGAUGAGAUUGACUCUUUGCUCAGCACCCGGAGUGGAGCGAGCGAGCAUGAAGCAUCGCGACGGAGCAAGACCGAAUUCCUAAUCCAGUGGUCGGACUUGCAAAGGGCGGCAGCAGGUAAGGACACGAUAAUUGGAGACGCUAGUCGCGUUUUGGUUCUGGCAGCGACGAAUUGCCCAUGGGACAUCGAUGAGGCAGCGCGACGUCGGUUUGUAAGGCGGCAGUACAUUCCCUUGCCGGAAGCGGAGACCAGAGAAAUCCAGAUUCGGACCUUGCUCGGACACCAGAAGCACGACCUUGGGGACGAAGACAUCCAGCGGUUGGUGGAGUUGACAGAGGGAUAUUCAGGGUCUGACAUCACGGCACUCGCGAAAGACGCCGCUAUGGGGCCUCUGCGCAAUCUGGGAGAGGCCUUGUUGUACACGCCCAAGGAGCAGAUCCGACCCAUUUGCAUGGAGGAUUUCGAAGCCAGUCUGGCCAGCAUCCGCCCCAGUGUAAGCAAGAAAGGCCUGGAAGAGUUUGAGAAGUGGGCACAGGAUUUUGGGGAGCGAGGUGGAUAG